AUGGUGGGGCAGCCGGGAGCGGUGGCCGGGGCCCAAGAAUCCUCGGGGAGAUCUGGACCCGUCUCACUCGUGAGCCCACAGCCUCAGCGCACAGCGCGCCCUUCCCUUCAUUCCCCCGCCCGUGUGCCCCACCCAGAUCUGCGCUACACGGGUGACCUCGAUGUGUCUGGGUGGGACAGCGCUCUGAGCAUCGCACCCACUUCGGGGUCGGAAUCUGCUCCAAGACAGACGUCUCCAGGGAGGGGGCAGCCAGGUCUUCGGAAGGGAAGGUCCGGGGGCGGCCCCGGCAUCCUGCCGCCGGGGAACAAUGGUGGCUUUCUCUCUCACCCUCUGCAGUUCUGCCUGCUAGGGGUGCUGCUGGCCCCCAUCCGAGUGCUUCUGGCCUUUAUUGUCCUCUUUCUCCUCUGGCCUUUUGCCUGGCUGCAAGUUGCUGGUCUUUCUGAGGAGCAGCUUCGGGAGCCAGUUACUGGAUGGAGGAAGACUGUGUGCCAUAAUGGGGUGCUGGGCCUCAGCCGCCUGCUCUUCUUCCUGCUGGGCUUCCUCCGCAUUCGGGUCCGGGGCCAGCGGGCUUCUCGCCUUCAAGCUCCUGUUCUGGUUGCUGCCCCCCACUCAACCUUCUUUGACCCCAUCGUUCUACUGCCCUGUGACCUCCCCAAAGUUGUAUCCCGAGCUGAGAACCUUUCCGUGCCUGUCAUCGGAGCCCUUCUCCGCUUUAACCAAGCCAUCCUAGUAUCCCGGCAUGACCCAGCUUCUCGGCGUAGAGUGGUGGAGGAGGUCAAGAGGCGGGCGACUUCAAGAGGCAAGUGGCCUCAGGUACUGUUUUUUCCUGAGGGCACCUGUUCCAAUAAGAAGGCUUUACUUAAAUUCAAGCCAGGAGCCUUCAUCGCAGGAGUGCCUGUACAGCCUGUCCUCAUCCGCUACCCCAACAGUCUGGAUACUACCAGCUGGGCGUGGAGGGGCCCUGGAGUACUCAAAGUUCUCUGGCUCACUGCCUCUCAGCCCUGCAGCAUUGUGGACGUAGAGUUCCUCCCCGUGUACCACCCAAGCCCCGAGGAAAGCAAGGACCCCACCCUCUAUGCCAACAAUGUCCAGAGGGUUAUGGCACAGGCCCUGGGCAUUCCAGCCACUGAGUGUGAGUUUGUAGGGAGCCUGCCUGUGAUUGUGGUGGGCCGGCUGAAGGUGGCCUUUGAGCCGCAGCUCUGGGAACUGGGAAAGGUGCUUCGGAAGGCUGGGCUGUCCCCUGGCUGUGUGGAUUCUGGGGCAGAGCCGGGCCGGAGUCGGAUGAUCAGCCGGGAAGAGUUUGCCAAGCAGCUUCAGCUCUCUGACCCCCAGACAGUGGCCGGUGCCUUCAGCUACUUCCAGCAGGAUGCCAAGGGUUUGGUGGAUUUCCGAGAUGUAGCCCUCGCUUUGGCAGCUCUGGAUAGGAGCCGGAGCCUGGAGGAGCUGACUCGCCUGGCCUUUGAGCUCUUUGCUGAGGAGCGAGCAGAGGACCCCGGCCGCCUGCUGUACAGAGAUGGCUUCAGCACUAUCCUGCACCUGCUGCUGGGCUCACCCCGCCCGGCCGCCGCCUCUCUGCAUGCCGAGCUGUGCCAGGCGGGACCCCAGCAAGGCCUGUCCUUCUGUCAGUUCCAGGACUUCUCCCUUCACGACCCGCUCCACGGGAAGCUCUUCAGCACCUACCUGCGCCCCUCUCAGAUACCAAACGCCUCAUCCCCAGGCAGCCCCCCUGCUCUGGCCAACGGGACUGUGCAAUCGCCCAAGCAGAAGGGCGACUGAGCGCCUCAGCCUCCCCCACGCGCAUCCGGCCGCAGACUCAGGGCGGUACCGGGACCUCCCCUGGGCCCGAAGCCCAUCUCUGCUCCUGCUUGGUUUUUUGUUAUAGUUGUUUGUUUUUUAAGUUGGUUUUCAUUUUAUGUUUGUUUGGUUUUUUUUGUAAGAAACUAUUUUAUAUAUAAAUAUAAAUCUAUAUCUAUAUCUAUUUAAAAAAAGAAGU